UCGUGCACACGACAAUUCGACAGUAUAUUCGCGGCUCGAGAGACAGAACCAGGGGGAGAAGUUGUAGACCUCCAAAACUAUUUUACGGUGAUGUGUUAACGACAGUAGGGUAGAGGAGAGCUGGGAUCAUUCAAACCGGGAGAACGAGCAGAAAGCGAAAUUAAACCGCAGUUCAUGUCAUGGUUGGAAGUUUUGACAGAUCGCAUAUAACAGAGUGGAUUCUUUGAGUGUUAUUGUAAGCACAAUUCUGGGGUUGAGAUAGGAGUGGAAAUUUCUGUAAUCGCAUUUUCUCCUUUUCCAAUGGACACGCAUUUGGAGACGCCUGGUACACAAAGUAGACCUAUGGAAUUACUUCUGUAAUGUGGAUUGCAAUUUUAUUUGAAAAAAAUAAAGGUCUACUUCAGAACAAUGUGAGAAGAUACGCAUCCUGGAUUUUCAUAUUUCUGGAUAUCUUGAAAAUUAUUGGCAACAGUUGAAGGUCGCUAUGCUCAAGGGAUUUUUGCUCAGGUGUCUUGCCUGCUCCGACCGUGGGACCAAAAUGGAUUUGACGCCACUACAACCCCCCGUCCCCCUUUAACAGAAGUUCUAACAGUUCUUACACUUUGUUAUUAACCUACUGUUUUAAAAUUCACAAAUGCUUUGGAAGAAAUCGCAAGACGACCGCAUGGAUUUUAAAUCGACAUUUGCAUUUGGAAUUUCAAUCAUGAACUUUGUUGACAGUUUGAUAACCUUAUUUCUCCUGACGCUUCUGUAUUUGUCAGCUGUCAAGAGUGCCCACAUACCGAAAGAAGGAUGGAGGAUUUCGCAUGACGGCGCCCCAGGCUACAAUGUUUUUAGUGCUUCAGUGCAGAAGGUACCAAGCUUUGUGGGGCUGAGAGAGGGAGAGAAAGAGGGAGUCAGUACAGAAGCAUACCAGAGCCACAGUGUGAGAGGAAAGGAGAGAGACACCUUGAUGGUGAUAUCCUUCAUGGAGGUGUACAAUAAGAGCCUGUGUCAGCCCAGGGAGCUGCUGGUAGAGAUCGCACAGGAGUACCCAGAGGAGGUAGAACACAUCUUCAUCCCGUCCUGUGUGGUGCUGACACGCUGCGCAGGCUGCUGCAAUGACGAGAUGCUACAGUGUACUCCAACCUCCACACAUAACGUCACCAUGGAGAUAAAAAGAAUAAAACCCCAAAGGCAACAAAAUGAUAUCUUUAUGAGUUUUACAGAACACAGUGCAUGUGAAUGCAGGCCAAAGAAAGAAGUGAAAGAACAGAGAGAAAAAAAACCCCGGAAAGACAAGGGCAAAGGCCAAAAGAGAAAGCGAAAGAAAAACCAUGACCAAAAGAAUGGUGAAGCUCAGUGCGAGCCAUGUUGUGAUGGCUGUUCAGAGAGGAGGAAGCAGGGGUUCAUCCAGGACCCUCUGACCUGCCAGUGUUCCUGCAGAAACUCCAACGCCCACUGCAGGGCGCGUUACCUGGAGCUCAACGAGAGGACCUGCAGAUGUGACAAGCCGAGAAGAUGAGAGGCCAAGCUUCAGAUUAAAUGACAUGAAGGAAUAUUCACAAGACAUUUCACAGCUCAGCACUUUGAACAGCUCAUCUUCUCUGUGGAAAGCAUUCCCCUGGACUGACUGAGAAACAGCAGAGAGCAAAAGAGAGGGAGAAAGAGAGAAAGGAAAUGAACAGACAGAAAAAUCAUCCCAAUGUAUAUCUGUAUAUACUAAAAGUACAGAAUUUUUAUUGCUGCUAAAAGAAAACUAACUAAAACCCAUCAUUAUAAAAAAGAAAACAGCCGUGUGGUUUUGUGUUUUGCUGGCGUGUGACCGGACUGCAGUUUUAUUGUCAAUUCAUUUAUGCAAAUUCUUCACUGGAUAUAUAUGAGUGGUUAUGUGUCGAAUCAGAAACAACAAAACCUAGCUAUGUGGUACAUAUAUCAGCAGAAAA